UUCUCUUCUCUUCUCUUCUCUUUUCUGUGCAAGUAUUCAAUUGACGAGGAUUGAAUUGAUGAGUGAGUGUAACAGUAACAGAAUGGCUGAGAAUUCAUCAACGCUUCAUGCACUUCACUACGACCAGGAAUGCAUGGUCAUCACUUCUUACGGCGGUUUCCGUGAACUACGCGCCCCACAUCGAUAUGGUGGAUUGUGUCGUGAAGAGCAAGAAACAUCGAAAGUUGAUCGGAAGCGGUUGGGGAAGAAGGUGAAGAAGGCGGUGAAGGCGUUUACGACGAGGUUGAGGAUGCGCAGUGGCGGAGCGAAGGAGAAGGAAAAGAGUAGGAAGUUCCAGUAUGAUCCCAAGAGUUAUGCACUUAAUUUUGACGAUGGAAUAAAGGAAUGUGACGGUGUUUUUCUAGCUUUCACAGCUCGUUAUGCUUGUCCAUUAGGGAUAAACAAAGUAUAUUUUGGAUGGGAGCGCACUGAAACGUAAACAUCAUACCAAAUUCUUCAUUCUCCUUCUUCUAGUUUCGAUGAUACAGUAAUUCGUGUAUAUGUAUAUCACGUGUUAGGUGGUUCACUUUUAGAAAUAUUAUAGUGUGUAAAAGUUGAUUUUUAAAUUUUAUAUUUUAAAUUAUCGCAUUCAUAGUUUCUUGUAUGAAUAGGCUUAUAGUUCAUCCAGUAUUUCUUUUCUCUGGAUUACAUGAUAACGGUAUCAAUUCUUCUUCAGAAAGUUUCUGACAGUGAAAUUUUGUUAAAUGAUCGU